CAGGAAAUAAACACUAAACGUAGCAGCAGCCAUGGUCAGGUGGUGAAACUGAAAGUAGAGUUUACUAACAGCAGUUGCUCAAUCUGUUUGUAAGACCAGAUGGAUGACGCUUGGUGCACAGCUCUGAAGGCUUGAGUUACAAGAAUAACUCCUGUCAAAAUAUUACAUUCAAGGAUGGCAGUAACUCCGGAGCAAAUAGAGUUUGAGAAAAGUGUGCGAAGACUAAGGGAAAAGCUUCAUGGGAAAGUAAUUUCAGUCAAUGAAGCACACAACCUCAUGUCACGCUAUGACAACGAUUAUGACUGGGUGGCUAGAACAAUCAUCGUAGUGAGUGAGAACAAUCCAGAUAACUCAGAAGAGGACCAAGACAAUAGUGGAAAUGAUGGAGCUGUGCAGGAUGAUGCCAGUGGCUCUAUAGAUGAGGAGGAAGAGAAUGAUGAGGAUGAAGACGAGGAAGGGAAUGAACAGAGCAGUAAUGAAGGUGACCAAGCUGAAGAAAAUGAACACGAGGAUGUGGAGGAGGAAGAAGAAGAAGAAGAAGCACAUGGAAACAUUGAACUGAGUGAGGAAGAUGAAGAUGAUGAUGAUGCAAUUAAGGGCAUAGCAGAACGAUUCAGACAACUGCCCCUGACAGCAGAGAACCUGCGUCUGCACAAUGAAGCCAAGCGACAUCAGAUUCCAUGCAGACCAAGGCUGUUUGCUUGUCCAGAAUGUAAACGGUCAUGGUGGAGGAAAGUGCCAAUUCGGAAAGAGGUGUCCAGAUGUCGGAUGUGUAAAAUCAGAUAUGAUCCCGUUCCCAUCGAUUUAAUGUGGGGAUAUGCGAGGUUUACUUGCAAUAACUGUAACAAUACAUUCAGAGCAUAUGGCCAGAUGGGCUUGCCAGCAUCGUGCUUUGGCUGUCGGUCUCAGGUAGUUCCAACUGAAAUCAUUCCCCCACGGUCUAGAGCUGCAGAUGACAGGUACCAGCAACCAAGAAUGGUGGCAAUGCGACAACAGCAAAGGAGGAUGGUAAUGCAACCUCAGAGAGAUCACGGCUGUUUUGCUGAGGACUGCUACAACCGUAGAGAGCCACAUAUCGUUGGACUCCAUUGCAUUCAUCCCAUGACCCGAAGAAUACGAGGUCUUGAUGUAGCCCUGACCUACAGCAGAGAACAUGAGAGCAGCAAUUCAACAAUAGCUACCUGCAUCAGUCAGGAUGACCUUCUUGAAGAUGAAGAUGACAUCAUUCAGGAAGACCUGGAAAGGAUUGUAGAAGAAGAUUAAGAGAAAUGGAGGGACUCAGACCACAUGCUUGUGAACAUUCUAUCCCAACAUUAUUUAUCUUCAGCUACAAUAAAAGAAAAAAAAUAAAUAAAUAAUAAAAUAUAAAAAAUACAGAAAAUGAAAUAAUGGAGGAGGAAUGCUUUAUAGCUCCACUUAGCAGAGUAUAUUUUUGCAAACAUAUUUAGCAUUUAUACAGAACACACCAGCUGGUUGGGAUGGGGAAGACAGGCUGAAAGCCUGAUAUCUAAUUCUAGGAGACAAACAUAAACUACUUGUGGUGACCUAAGACAACUUUCUGUUGAAUUGUUUAAAGCCGCAGUACCCAAUAUCCCACUGGGGUUACACUUCAUAAUCUCGAAUUACUGAAAUCUCGAAUUUCAGUAACCCAAGACCAUGAAGCCAUAAACCAGAAUGCCGAAAGUGCAUAAGAGCGAAUUUGAAUAUCUCAAAUCUGCGCUUAUGCAUUUCCGGUACGUCGCAUGUAGUGUUAUGGUGCCUGAGAUUGCAGGUGAGUGAGUGUUUGUGUAUGUUUUUGUACAUCGUAUGUGUGGGUAAAGGUAGGGAGGUGUAAGUGUGAGUGCUGGAUUUGUUGGUAUUUGUGUAUGUGUGAUGUGUAUUUGUGUGCGAGUGAG